GCAGCGGAGGAGCCACGCGCGCUGAGCCACCACUGCCCGACACUUAUUGGCAACAUUCUUUUAAUUACAGGAUUUAGGCACCGUUAUAUAUAUUUUUAUAUAUAUAGAGAGAAGAAGAAAAGAGAAGAAAAAAAAAGAUAGAGCUUCCCGAUAUGGUUUCUCCGCCUGCCUCUGUCGUCGAGCGGGACGCCGGUGAAUAACUAGCCCGCCGCGGUCCCCCGCCGGGCGGCCGACUUGAGGAACUCUGGUCGAAGUCAGCGGACAAGAGGACCAGCGGGUUUGUGUUUGAUGGGAAAUGAAUGUGACCGGGAAGCAGCAACCUGAGCUGACCGAGCGACCCGCCAGCCUUUCGGUUACAACUUCGACAAAAUCUGGAAUUGCUCUGCUGUACAAUGAGGAGACCAACAAUACCUACGACGUCUGCCUGAAAUUGACCAAAGAGGUAUUAACCAUACAGAAGCUGGACGUGGUUUGCACGAGUGAAAGUGAAUCCCCCGUAAAUCACAGAACUGUUGUACUGCGAAGACAGGCGACUGGCGGUCUGGGCUUAAGCAUCAAAGGAGGUGCAGAGCACAACGUGCCUGUGGUUAUUUCAAAGAUUUUCAAAGACCAAGUAGCCGAUCAGACGGGGACGCUAUUCGUCGGGGACGCCGUGCUGCAGGUGAAUGGCAUAAAUGUGGAGCCCUGCACACACAAGGAAGUUGUUCACCUCCUGCGCACUGCAGGAGAUGAGGUCACCAUCACCGUUCGCUACCUGCGAGAAGUUCCAUCAUUUCUAAAACUGCCUCUAGGUUCUCCCGGGCCGUCCACUGACCACAGCCGAGUGUCCUCGCCCCUCUUUGACAGCGGCUUACAUCUAAAUGGAAACAACGCAGCUCCAUCACCCCCUUCGCCCUCAGCUAAUGAGCCAAAGUAUGAGAAGCGCUGGCUGGACGCCGUCUCCCUACCCUUGUUGAUGGCCAGAGUCUCCAGAUACAACGCUGGCACGGAUCAAUUAAGGUCCAACUGUUUUGAAGUCUUCGCCUUGGAUGGCGCCAGCACCAAUAUUCUUCAAUUUUGCACUGCUGCAGAAAGCACCGACUGGCUCCAAGCAAUAUCUACAAAUAUCAAUGACUUGACACGGGAGAACAUAAAGAUCAUCAACAAGUACUGCUCUUCAGAUGAUCAGAUUGUUCACAUGGGCUGGGCCUGUGAAAGCCCCGAGGACAGCGCCGCUGGUAGAACCUCAGCAUUCAAGUACCUGGCACUGAGAGGACCAUAUUUUAAUAUCUUCAGCAGCCCACCGAUCGGUGCCGGUGACUGGGGACAAGCAGAAACAACAUAUAACCUCUGUGAGGUUCUUUUCAAGGUCCACAAGCUGUGGAUGGCCGAGGAUUGCUGGCUCCAGGCGAGGCUCUACUUGGGGCUGGAGCACUCGCCCGAGCAGCAGGACGUCGAGUCCCUGUGCUUCAGUAUUCUGGUCGGGCACGGCCAGAGCCACACCUUCAGGGUAGAGCUGGCUACGGACCUGGCUAUCUGGGAGAAGUCCUUCCAGAGAGCUGUCUUCUGGGAGGUGCAGCGAAUACGAUCCAAAAGCUACAUGUGCAGCAGCCUGGGGAAUGUGCUGUGCUUCACCAUAGAUUUUGGAUCAGGGUUCACCUGCUCAGAAGGCAAUGCAAAGACCGCACUGUGGCGAUAUAAGUUCUCUCAACUUAAAGGCUCCUCCGAUGACGGGAAAACCAGGGUGAAACUCCUCUUCAAGAAUGCUGAAAGCAACCAAAUAGAGAUGAAGGAACUGGAGUUUGCUAAUCUAACAGCCGUCCUUCACUGUAUACAUUCUUUUAUUGCUGCCAAAGUGGCCUCCAUGGACCCUCUCUUUAUGUGCAGUCAAAGCCCACCUGGAAAUUACAUGAACACUUAAGAAGACAUGUCCUCAUUGUCAUGUAUGUGGUAAAUAUCAGCAGUAUUUUAUUUUCUGCACAGAGCCAAUUGAUAUGUAUAUAUUGUUCUUGCUAUUUUUGUAUGGACUACUGAAAAUAAUAAAUAUUUGUAAAAGAUUGUACAAGUAGAUAAUGUAUGAAUUAAUUGUGUAAUGAAUAUGUUAUUUAAUUUGUAAGAAAAUCCAAACGGAUGAACAGUUUUUCCUUUCCUUUAACAUUGUUAUGCUCAUUACAUUAUGGAAUCUCUGCUUGUCGCGUUGAAAGGCAGCGUCCGUGCUGCCAUAUGGUGUAGAACUGCCAUACGUUUGACAACAGGACAUGAAUCGCUAAACAGAGAAGCUGCCACUAAUCUCAGCUGGUGCUGUAUCUAUGAAGAAUAAUGAUAACGGACAUAAUGAAUCUGAUGCUGGCUUACUGUCAUGGAGGGGGGAUUCAAAUUUGUGACAGACUUUUGACAAAGAUUUUCUUUACUCCAAAUUCACAGUUGAACAGUAAUGACAACCUUUCUUUGUUCCCAGUUCCUCUGGUUUGCUUUCCUUCAUGUUUCAUAUCUGUGAACACAAACACCACAAUACAAUGCAGCUAAAUUGGCCUCCAAAUCUCUCUGAUUAAAUUGUAUGAUGUUUGUGCUAAUGUGACCAUUGUUUUCUAUCAAAUAAAGGCAAAAGUUUCAAAUUA